CAGGCAACUUUCAGAAUCAGUACGAAUUGAAUGUUCGCGUAAGUAACAAUAAACGGCGGAGCGAGUUUUAAAAGCGAUUUGCUGUAGAAGAAAAUAAAGUUUUGGAAAAAAAGCAGCCGUGUAAACAAGUGCAUUUGCUUGUAAAAUAAAAAUUAAAAAAACACAAAAAGAAUUAACAGUCAGCCGGUUUUUGUAAAUAAAUAAAAAUAAGAGAAAAUGGAGUUCAACAAUCGUCUGUUGCUGAAAAUCAUUGAGCUGGGUAUCUCGAUCGCCUGCAUUGUGCUUUGGCAGACCUCUACGGCAAUCUCCUCUCAACCGCUGAUUGUUUGCGGUACGCUAGGAGGUUUUACUAUCAUUUGCGGUAUCCUGUUGAUUGGACACAUUCUCAACUCGAUUGUGGAGAAGCGUCUGAACGCACUCAUCUCGAUUAUUGGCUGCAUUCUCUUCGUCAUCUCUGGUGCCUUAAUCAUCGAUGAGUGGCAUGAUAGAUCCGAUUUCCUGUUCAAGGACAGCAAACGUAAUGCACUCGCUACGGGCUCGCUGAUGAUCAUCAAUGGCGCCGUCUUCCUGCUGGACACACUCUCCAUAUGCAGAACGUAAAUUUGACACUAAAAAUAAAUACAAAAAAAAACAACAAACACCACAUAUGCUUUUAAAUAGUUGUUGCCUUUUUGUAUAUGUACAUACAUGCAUACAUAUGUACUCGUAUAUGUAAUGAAGAGAAACACACUUACAUUGUUAGAUUACAUAAACACGCAUAAAUUCUUAUAAACACACACACCCAUUUAUACACUCAAAUAUUAAAAUAUAUGUAGUUAUUUUUAAAAAUUGUGUUUUGCGAGAAUUCUCAAUGUAACAGAUAUUGUAUUUGUGUCGUACCGCUUUUGUGCUUGUCUCUUGUUAGAAUUAAAAGUUUUCAUAUGCAUAAAUACACAGAAACACACAUUUGGACUUUACAUAAAUGCAUAGGUAUAUACCGUUAUAUGUUACAUGUGAGAGGAGUAGAAACGAGGUAGUUUCCAGAGAAAAACUGCAAAAAGUGAGCUAACAAACUAUGAAAGUGAUGAUGAGAGAGAUCUUAACGUUAGUGAGAAGUAACCGAAAUUCUCAAAGCCAGAAGAAAGAAAACCUUUUUUAACAGCUGCAAAAAAGUGCAUGAGAAAUAUUUCGCAUAAAAAACCACUUGCUAACCGAAACCAGAAACAAAAAUCAUGAAUAAAUAAAUAUUUAACCUCGAAUUUGAAAAUUUUGACUUUGCAUACAAAACUCUCGCACAAAGCACAUAUUCUAUGUAAUAUUGAUAUUUUUUACGAAACAUACUCACGCAGUAGAGAAUUUGUAUAUUUUUAUUUUUACUUACAAGCUUUCGAAAAAGUAAUCAAAAGAUUUCUACUAUUAUUACAGUUAGCCCUUAAGCUCACUAUAAAGUGUAAUAAUCCAGUAUACCUACAUAUAAAUAAAAUUAAAUCAGUUAUCGAAUAAAUAAAGCAA